UGGGUUUCUUGUUCUAAAUUUAGUUAAAUUUGGGACACUUGUCACUUUGGCUGCAACCCGUGCUCGCAACAUUGAGCGAAGUGGUGAAGCGAUGUAAACAUUACAUGGAUGUUUUCUUUAUGCACUAACUAGUGUUUUCGAUGUUUCAGUAGACUAAAUUUUGUGGCAGAUAAUUACAUUUCAUGAUGUCAUAUGCGUUUUUGUUGCCGUUGGUCAACUUGGUGUUAUAUUUCACAAGUGCAUUUGGGGACAAUCUACCAACUUGUCAACCGAAUGAUUUCCAUUAUGAAUACACUGAGUGUGACGCACAUGGUGGUCGCUGGAGGGUAUCCGUCCCCUCUCCAAACAAAUGUAUUGGUGGCGCCCCCAACCCACCCGUCAGAGGCAAGCAGUGCACCUUUAAGUGUAAGGAGGGAGAGUAUCUGGACUUGAGUGGAGAUCAGGAAUGCAAGUCCUGUCCAGCAGGGACCUACUCCCUAGGGGGUGGAGUCCGAUUUGAUGAUUGGGAUCACCUCCCUAAGGGCUUCAUCAUCAGCUCGGAGGGCUUUGAAAACACCUUUGGAUACCACUUCGAACCCAGUAAACAAAUUAACUGUAGCAGGGCAACAUGGCAGCCUGCAGGGAACUUCAUCGUUGCCCUGCCCAAUCAGUGCACUACAAAGUUGGUCUACACCACGAAACUGGUGGAAGCAGGACAAGUACAGUUCGAAUACCAGUACACUGACCCCGAAACUUUGUUUCACUUCAUGGUUCAGAACAGUCAGUGCCAGUCACUGGAUGAUGACGAUAGUCCGGAAUGGCCCAAAGUCACAGAAGAGGGUCAGUGGCACACCAUGAAAGUCAACCUGAUGACUGGGAUGAAUGUUCUGAGAUGGAGGGUUAUGUCGGGUGUAGGUCAGUCAAGCAGAAACCCGGUCCGCAUACGAAAGAUUAUCAUAUCAGGAGUGGCUUACACAUCAGAGUGUACCAAGUGUCGGAGUGGCACGUACAGUAGUGGCGGGACGGCUUACUGCAGCUUUUGUGAGAUGAACACUGUUUCCGAACGCGGAGCUCACACUUGUUCACCAUGUAACAAGGACACAGAGUAUUCUGCUUCUGGAGACUCUGUAUGCAAGCCUCGUCCUACCUGCACUGACAAAGACUAUUAUGAAUAUCAGAUGCCAUGUGACAAGAAUAAACAGACAAAGAAGACCUACAAAUGGAUCAUGCCCCAGAUCUGCAGUGACAAGCUGCCCGGCUCUGUUAGCCUGCCAGCAGAUGGCGAGUCGAAACCGUGCCCUCCGUGUAACCCGGGAAUGCACACGGUGAAUGCAUCCCAUUGCAACUUCUGUCCACCGAACCAGUUCUCAGACGGGUCCCAUCCCUGUGAGGAGUGCCACGCCUCCACCUCCCCGCAGUAUGCCCUCGAAUACAAGUGGUGGAUGGUUCUGCCGCCAAACGUCUCCAGUCGAUGUCUGUCAAUGUCAGUACAAAAGUGUUCUCUGGAAACCGGGUGGGUGCUGGGUAACGAUCACAUCCGGAGUCACUUCAGCCACGAGCGAGAAGUCUUUCUGAUUCUCGCCAUGGACAUCCCAGGCUUCCGGGGCAAAUCCCACAUUGUCGGUGGGAAAGCAGAAAUCAUGGGCGAAGUGGCCUUCACCUUUGAAACAAAGUGCACCAACAGAUGCGAAUUUGUCUUCCUCACGGGAGACGUGAAUGCCCCAGGCCGGAAUAGCAUCACAAAGACUUGGGAAGGAACGACCAAACAAACCACAUUCAAGUACAACGUGAUGUCUAAAAGCCCACUGACUCUGACAUGGGCAUUCCAGCCGGCUGACUGGGAGAAGACUGAUGAAGAUUUCAGCAGCAACUACGCCAAGAUCUACUCCAUUAAGGUGACCAACACGCUCAACAGUGGAGCCGCUAGCUGCAAGGCCUGCCCCAGGGGAACCAAGGAUGACGACUGCAUCCCUUGCCCUAACGGACACUACAUCGACCCAAACACCACGACGUGUAAACCAUGUCCACCAAACACUGUCCUGUCCGGACCAGACACGUGGGGCGUGACGGCCUGUAAGCAGUGUGGAGCCGGUCUGAAGCCGAUACGAGGAGUGGCGUGCGAGUCGGACUGCACUAUAAAGGAUGCCAGUGGGAAAGAGUUCGACUUCAAAAAACUCAACAAACUGCAGUAUAUUGCUGGGAAUAAACUAUUUACUUCAAGCGGAACACAGUAUUACCAUGGCUUUAACUUCAGUCUGUGUGGCAGUGUGCAAGCAACUUGUGUCAACAAUGUUUCACAUGACACUGCUGGUAGGAAGUUGGAUUUAGCAUUAUUAAGUCAUCAAUAUUUCGACUAUUCGAAGGUUGUAAAGGGAAUGAUUUGUCGGAGUACCAUGGUUCCACAGACUGACCAGGAACACGGCAUUGUGUCCACUCAGCCGGUCAGUCUUGGUGACCAUCUGAUCAAAAUAGAGACGAAUGUGAGCAUGGCGGACAGGUAUAAAGAGGAAGGCUUUCCUGAUGAACACACAGAGGAAGAUGUACAUUUUCACUACUCUUCUGAUUCAAUAACAUCGGCAUGCCCCGACGGAAGGAGAACGAUCGUCAGUUUGAAGUGUGAUGUCAAACAGGACGGCAUGGGCCGCAUCGACUUGCCACCCAAGUGUUCCGACGGCACAUGUGACGGCUGCACGUUUCACUUCAUGUGGCGCAGUCAGCACGCCUGCCCCGUGUGCCGGGAACAGGACUACGAGGUGAUCGUGGGCGAAUGUGUCCGCGGGGAACAGAUCAUUCACUACUACCCUCCCAAGCAUUGUAUUCUACAAGAUAACCACAAACCCAAGACAAUGAAGAAGAAAUGUACCACUCUCCCAUUUAUAAUUCAAGUGAGCAUUCCGGUUGUGAUCGGCAUCGGCCUGCUGCUCAUUAUCACUGUCAUCUAUUGCUGGAAGAGGAACAAGAAACUGGAGUACAAGUACUCGAAGCUGAUUGAAAAUUCUGGGGGCAAAGAUGGAGAACUACCAGGAGCGGAGUCUUGUGGUUUGGAUGAAGGUGAUGAGGAAGAAUCUGUGCAGUUUCAGGAGGGUGGCAGGUCCUUCUUCCAGAAACUGAAGAGCAAGAUUGCCAGCAGUAGCAAGGACGAUGACAAUCCAUUCACGUCGGUCCAGCUGCAUGAAAAAUUACCACUGACCUAGUUACAAUCUGCGACCAAACUUCACAUUUUCAUCACAUUCCAUCCAUCCAUCCAUCCAUCCAUCCAUCCAUCAAAUCGAAAUCCAUGACACCAGAAGAAAAUGUAGUGCUGUUUAAUUCCAAAACUAGAUGUAUAUUUUUGAGUGACCUGUACUAUAGCUGAGUUCACACUUACACAACUUAAACUGGUUUAACUUUACUGGUUUAGCUACAACACUUUUGGUUGGAAAUGACGAGAGUUUACACAUGCAAUAGCUAUAUUGGUAUAAGGCUGAAGUGUAGAUAUCCGCACUUGUUUAAGACAUCAAACAACAAUAGAUGACAAGUCUGUUACACCAUUGCUAGCGCGCUUACUGGUCCUGCUUAUUCUGACUGACGUCACUGGCACUUCUGCUGUAUACUGGUUUAACUAAAACAGUUUGCAUUCACACUUACAGUUAAACUGUUUUAGUUACAUCAGUUUAACUAAUUUACAUACUGAGGUGUUUUAACUAUACCGGUUUAGUUAUACCAGUUUAGUUAAACUAAUUUAAAGUGUAAGUGUGAACACGGAUAUUGAUGCUAAUUUUAAACCACAGUGACUUUUUUUUUCUUCUUUUUUUUAAAAAUAUGAUGACACAAUCCACAACAUACAAAAAACAAAACACUAUAUCAUACAAGUAACAUGCGUGCACCAGCUGUAUAUGGCACACUUUCAAGUUUAACCUUUCAUUCAUUAUCAAAACAUGAAUGGGAGAAAACAAAUGUGGAAACUAUUUGUUCAGUGAUUGUGAAAAUCUUAAACUGCAAUUACAAGAACAGCGUUGAGAUGUGUUAAAUUGUAGGGUACUUUAUUCAAGUUCACCCCUCCCUCCUUGUAACUUAAAAGUGCAGGCGUGUCUGCCCUUAGCACAAGUUUAGAUUUGUGCCAAAAAACAUGCCCAGGUUAUGUGAAAUCGUAGUUGCAAGUGAAAGGUUUAUGGCAAUUGCAACCAAUGUGAUGUUAUGUAAUUUUCCUUCCUUAAAAUAUUUCAUUUUAAUAAGUGCUGAUGGAAAGUGAAUUUUAUGCUUUGUCAUGGAAAUGAAUGUUUGCAGAGGCCACUUAAUAAUACUUUGAUUCUGAAUUUCACUUAUUAUUUUCAUAUUCCAGAUAAAAUUGGCAUUAUAUGUAAUUCUUUUUCCACAUUUAAUUAUACAUAAUCGUUUUGUUUUUAUUAUUAUUUGUUCUUCUUAGAAUCAUUUGAUUUCCAUGAAAUGUCCAUGAUAUAGCUUAGUCCUAAGUUUGGCAUAAUUGAACAUGAGAUGAAAUACGAUGAUUUUGUUUGGUGUGUACAUGUAAUUCCAGUAUUCUUUACAAUAUUCGGUCUUUCUUUCCAUCUUGGAAUGUUUUGUCUCAUAAUCUUGCAUUUACUUUUUAUUUUCUCAUAUUAUUUCUUUUUAAUUUAGUUAUUUAAAAAAAAAUAUAUAUAUAUAUAUAUAUAUAUACUUACAUGUAUAUACAUACACAUGAUGUUUUCCAGGCUUGUUGCCUUCAUACAUACUUGACAAUAUUUCCACGGAAAUGGUAAAACUUGUUUUACAGUUCCAGUUAAAUACCUCAUUUGCUAAUUACAUGUAAGUUUUAACUGUAAAUAGCAUAUCUCUUGUAAACAAAAACAAAAAUGCUGAACUCAGUAACAUGAUAAAGUAACACAUUCCAGUUUCUUUAAUUUGUUGUGAAUUUUAUAAAUAACUAAAAAAUAGUACUCAGCAGAUAUCUUGAAAAUUACUUAUAUUUCUUGUUUUUGUUUUUCUUAAAUGGCAGUAUGUUUUCUUUGGUUUUAAACCAUCAGCGUUUAUCUAAAUAUAUCCUGUAGUUAUUACAUAUUUUGACAUAAAGAGUAUGAUACUGUUUUUUGGAUGCUGAGCCAUAAUAUGUGAUAUUAACAGUGAUGUAAGCUUCUUAGUAAUGCUGGAGCACAAUACUGUUCACACCUAUUAUUUUACAUUGUAUUUCUGCAUUUGUUUAUUUAUUUCAAAUUGCACAAUCAAUCUUCUUGGAUCUCGGAUAUGGUUUUUUUGCUAAUUAUAUUUGGGGCAUACAGUGUAACUAGUCUUUUUAUCCAGAUAAGUCGUAUUUCUAUAUUGCAGUAUUUGUAGUACUGCUCGGAGCACAUAAUAUUAUUGUUGCAAGAUAUAGUCAUUACUUUUCUAAUGGUGCAUGUGUCAACUUUUGCAUUAAAGUUUCAUGUAUACAGGGGCCUAGCUGGGGAUUUUCAGGUGGUACGCAGACUUUUUCGGCAAUGGAAUAAAACACUAUUGGCUGUGCGUUUACAUCAUAUGUUUUAAUAAUAUAAAAAAAAAUUGUAAUCUCAGGUGGUACGCAUCUGCAUACCUGUGUAUAUGGAAGCUAGGCCCCUGGUAUAUAUUAGUUUCUCAUAAACUUUUAAGUCCUGGGUCAAUGAAACCUGGUUUCUAGUUGCACCUAUGGAUGUUCAUCACAGUGUACCAAAUGUAUUUAUGGUAGGCGAGACAGUUAAUUCGGCAGAAUUCGUGUAAUUAGUAAUGUGAGGACUGACAACCAGGCUAGGGAUUUUCGAAGCUGUCUUAGCGCUACGAAAUCAUAAAACCACCGUAGGCUAUCACAUACACCAUAGUGAUGUUGUAGCUUACAAUAGAUUUACAAUUUAGUAGUGCUUUUAAGAUAAUUUUUAAAAUAUGGGCCAAGAACUGGUUAUGUCCAUUGUUUGUGAAACUAGGAGUCUUUCACAAUUUUUGCAAUAUUUCUCUUACUUGUAACAGAAAUGAUGCAAAGCUAUAUAAAAUAUGUGAAAAAAUAAAUAAAACUGCUUUGUUUUGUGAUUAUUAUUUUUUGGAAUUUAAAAAUAUAUAUAUAUACAUGUGUGUAUAUAUAUAUAUAUAUAUAUAUAUAUAUAUAUAUAUAUAUAUAUAUAUAUAUAUAUAUAUAUACUUUUUUUCUGAAAACCACAACCAGUUUCUUAUUCCAUGUAUUUAUGAAAUCCUUCUCAAUCCAGGCAAGGUUAGUGAAAUCAAAUUAUGUUUUGUUGUGAACAGUGCAAUAUCAAAAAAUAUUUACCUUUUCCUUCAUGAAUGUUGAUAAAUACUGUUAAUAUGCUGUCUGUUAGUAAUACCUGAUUUUAAUACAUAUUUAUGUAUUUCAAGUUCCUUCCUUAUUUUAAAAAUUCUAUUUAAUUUUUUCAUUUACUAAACUUUUGUCGAAUAAUAUUGUUCAUGUUGAAUGGUAAGUACUACGUGACAGUACUUUGCGUAACCUAGUACGUGUAUCUCAGAGAAGUAACUAUUUAUGAUAUGUUCUUUGUUCCAUGUGCCAGUUUAAAGAGACACUGAAUUAUUCCAAUGUUUGUUACAUUGUAAUUUAUUGAUGUAGGAAUUGUUUUUUUAUUUUAUUUGAUAAUAGUGUAAACAACAGUAAUUAAUUAAUGUCAGUAUUGUAUGGAUGAAGUGUUCACAUAGUUUAUAUUUAUGACAAAGUAUGUGUUUGGAAAAUCCACAAACAUAGUUUAUUGUGUAUGGUAGGCCUAUAGAUGUGUGCAGUUUGAAAAUUAGGUUGGACUUUGUGUCUGAAAACAUUCUUGUGUGAUAUAUAUUAUAAAAAAGCAAAAAACUGCAGAAUUAAAAUGACAAAUUCUUGCCCAUAUUUGCAUUCAUCAACCAUUUCAUACAUAGCAGAAUCUUUGGAUUAAAAGGAUUUGAAAACCACAUUUAAAAUUGCAGAUGCCUACCCAUAUAUUUUCUUUUACCAAAACAUUUUUUAAAAAGAGACAGAAAUUAUUACGACUGUUGGAUGUUGUUGUCACAAGAAGAUACAAAAACAAUUAAUUCCAUCUGUUUCACGAUGUUAUUUUCCCCAGUCCUUACAAGUUAUAUUUAUUUAGAUAAUUCAUUUUGUAUUGAAAUCAAGUUCUGUCCCCAACCCAAUUUACAAAUUGUUACAUAUAUAUACAGCUGCAGUUAGUGUUUUAUCAUGUGUUGUGUUCGUAACUGUUGAUAUAUCCACUGCAGCCAUGUGCAAUAACCACAACUACAAUUCUUUGUAAAUAAAAUAAAAUUUGCUGAUUGUUGAAAUUUCGUAUAUAUUCUAGAUUUUUAUGCUUUUGAUAUAAUGGUAGAUGACUGAUUUCUUUAUAAAAACUGUAACUGUAAGAUUUUAUUGAUAUAAUAGUAUUUAUGAUUGAAGACUGCAUAAUUAUUUGUUUUGUAAAACAUAACCUAAAUUCUAGGACUAAUAACCAGGUGGGUCAUGGCCACUCUUUGUGAAAAUGACGAAUCCACUUUUUCACCUUUUUUUUCUUAUCUUUUUUAUCAGUUGUAAUUUGUUUUUUUUUUUUUUUUGUUUAUUAUGGUGGGUGAUGCAUGUGGAGAUACAUAUAGUAGGAAUGAUGCUAAAUACUACAAAAUUGCUUUUUUUUUAAAAAUAUCUUUGAAUUUUUUAAAGAUUAAAACAUGUUUUUGAUGAAAACUAUGACACUGGACAUAAACCAGUUCUGGUUGUCAGUCCUCGGUUUCUUAAACUCUACCAGUCCUGCCAAAGGGGCUGUAGGUUUUGUCUCCAUCUGUCUCUGUCCCACAGACAUGUAUGGUUUUUUGUUGGGGGUUUUUUGCCAAUGCCGUGAGAUAUUGAGCUGACAUUUUGUGUAUAGCUUUAUCAUGUAAAUACUGUUUGAUUUUUUUUUAUGGCGAUUUGUCCAUUUUUGACCAAGUUACAGCCCAUAACUACGGAGAUAUGACAAUUUGUUGGGCCCUGUGGAGGACAUGUACAUUGUGUAUGGUUUUUGCGGUACUCUCAGAAUGCUUGUUGAUCUGAUUUGGGGAUCCAAAUUUAUGUUUUGCAUAUAUUUUUUUUAUGUUAUACAUAAAUGUUAUAUAAUUUUAGUACAUUUAGACACCAUCAUCACAUCUUUUUGCUAGAUCACUUCAGUAUUUUGAUUGAAACAUUUAUUUAGUGGAGAUUCAUGAUGUCCAUGUAGCUUGUUUAAUAUGUUUUCAUUUCUGACAAGAUAAUAAUCCAUAUUGUGGUAAUCAGUCAUGUUUGUAAUUAAAUGUAUGCAUAAUGUUUUGAGGGGUUUUUUCUCUGUUGUCACUUCUCUGUUUUUCUCAAUUCACAUUAGGUGUCAAGUUUUGUGUCCAGGGCCACUGGGGUUGGGGAUAGUUUGUAUAUAAUCACACUCAAAAAAUAGUUGAUCAAGUCCACCUUUUUUAAUUAUAAAAUCACCAUCCCCACGUCACACCCCUGGAAAUUAUGUGUAAUACCUGCCAGGUGUAGUGCUUCGUCUUUAUCGUCUUUUAACAUGUUGACUGCCAACUUAUAACGUGUGUGUGUGUGUAUAUAUAUAUAUAUAUAUAUAUAUAUAUACACAUAUAUGUGUGUGUGUAUAUAUAUAUAUAUAUAUAUAUAUAUAUAUAUAUAUAUAUAUAUAUAUAUACUACUCCCAGGUGCUAACUAGUGAUAUUUUCAUAGAUCUUACCCCAAACUGCCAGCAGUGUGGUGUACACUUACCAUGGGUAUGAUUUUGGCACUCUAGUCAUUAUAAAUUCUUGCAGUCUGCAGUAACAGUGUUAAGGGCAGUGUCACACCGAGUUACUAGAGCACAGCUAAAUAUUGUGAGAAAAUAAUUGUAUUCACUUUAUUUGACCCGCUAAGUAUUUUAUUCAACCAUCCACAUAGACCUCGCUGUGAAAACAACAGAAAGGAGUGAGUAAUUUCUCCCCAAACUUAGAUUGUAGGGAGCCAUUUUAAGAUGUUGCCAUACAGAGCAUUGAAUUUGAAUCCUUUUGUAGUAGUUGUUGAACUAGUUUCAGGGGAGUGGUGGGGAGCCAGAGUGACAGCUCCCCUUAAACUGGGAGGUCUGAAUAGUUCUCACUCCUCGUUAUAGUAUCAUACUGUCAUUCUUUGUUGAAUAUCAUCUUUUCAAAGCAGUUUUACACGCAGUUCUUUAAAGUGCAUAAUAGUAGAAAUGAUGCCAACAAACAUCACAAUUUGCCAGCAAGAUAUAGCGAAAAAUGUUACAUGUAAAACUUCCAUGUGUUUGUCUAAAUGUGGCAAUUAAUUUAUUGAAAAUAAUAUAAUUAAAUCAUUUUUUGAGUAAAAUCAUAACUACCAUCAUAUGAAAACAUAUAACAUCUGUAUUGCAUGGUCUGUAAUCAUCGCUACCAUCAUAUAAAAAAACUCAAAAAACAUCUAUUAUAUAGUACUGCAUGGUCUGUAUGUGCAUUUAAUGGGCUGUCUGCUUUGUAUAUAUUCAUAUGAAUAUGUCACAUGUACCAUACAGGUCUGUUUUCCCAAAGAAAAAAAAACAUGUUAUUUAUAGAAACGAUCUAGGUGUUCAAAAACAUGACAAACUUCCUCAUAGCAUAUCCUGACACAGUACAGAAAACAAAUAUUGCUACCUAGCCAGAAUUGUGAUUGUAAUACCUUAAUGUUUAUUUCUAGUCACCAGAUUAAAAAAGAACCAACACUAUUUUGACUUUUAAUUCAGUAUGGUAUUCAUUAGACAGUAUUUGUUUAACUGUAUUGUGAGAGGAUUAUAUAUUUGAAUAAUGGCCAUUACAUGUCAACUGCUGUGUAACCAUGCCUGUAACAAAGUGUUUUGAAGAACAUUUACAGGUUGUCAACAUGUUUUAGCUUUAACAUGUUAAGCACUUUUUUUUACCACUGUAGAUCAGUACAUUUGUUUAUACGGUUUUCAGAAAAAAAUAUUAUAUACAUUAAACUGAUGUUUGUUUUCUUAAUUGGUAAUUUGUCAAACAUUAAUUCUGAAUAAUAUUUUCUCAAUCCUAUUGUGGUAAUCAUAUUUAACGAUGUGAAGAUAAAAUAACAGAACACACGCACAUUGAAUUUCAUUGGUUAUAUUAAAGUCUGUUUAUUCUUGAGCAUUCCUUGUGUUUCUUGCUUUGUGAUAAUAAAUAUUUUAAUUUCCAAA